AUGACUGCAGGUGUUGAGGAUAAUGGCUGUCUUCCUACGUCUGGCUGUCCUGACGUCUGCACGUGCACAGAAGGCGUCGUGCGCUGCAGCAACAGAGGGCUGCACUCUCUGCCCAAGGGCAUUCCCAAGGACGCCACGGAGCUAUACCUGGAGGGUAAUAUGCUGACAUCUGUGCCCAAGGAGCUGGCCGGCCUGAAGCAGCUGUCACUGGUGGACCUGAGCAACAACAGCAUCAGCACGUUGGCCUCGUUCACCUUCAACAACAUGACUCAACUAGCCACACUCAUCCUGAGUUAUAACCAGAUUCGCUGCAUCCCGGUAAACGCCUUCGACGGGCUGAAGUCACUACGCCUGCUCACUCUCCAUGGUAACGACCUUUCAACAAUACCAGAAGGAGCUUUCAACCACCUGACCGCUCUGUCCCACCUUGCUCUUGGUGCCAACCCCCUGUUCUGUAACUGUGACCUGCGCUGGCUCUCUCAGUGGGUCAAGGCUGGCUUCAAAGAGCCUGGCAUUGCUCGCUGUACGGGACCUCCUGACAUGACUGACAGGCUCCUGCUCACCACGCCACUCAACAGAUUCCAGUGUAAAGGUCCGGUAGACAUCAGCCUGAUGUCUAAGUGCGCCCCCUGCCUGGCAGCACCCUGCCAAAACAAUGGUACCUGUGCCUCUGAUGCUACUGGAUCCUACAGCUGCUCCUGCCCGUAUGGAUUCAAGGGUCACAACUGUGAAAUACCCAUCAAUGCCUGUGUUAGUUUCCCCUGCACUAAUGGAGGAACCUGCCACAUCCAGACUGGCUUUGAAGACCACUUCAGCUGCGUGUGUCCACCGGGUUUUGAAGGCCAGCGUUGUGAGAUAAACCCAGACGACUGUGAGGACAACGACUGUGAGAACAACUCCACCUGCAUCGACGGAGUGAACAACUACACCUGCGUCUGUCCCCCCAACUACACAGGUGACCUGUGUGACGAGGUGGUUGACUCUUGUCUCCAUGGUUUCGACCCCUGUCAGCACGACUCAAAAUGCAUCCAUGUCGGCCGCACUUACAGGUGCGAGUGUUUACCGGGCUAUGUGGGCCAACACUGCGAGCAGGACUAUAAUGACUGUCUGGAGAAUAAGUGUCAACACGGAGCGGAGUGUGUGGAUGCUGUUAACGGAUAUAUCUGCGUCUGUAAGGAGGGAUUCAGCGGGCUUUUCUGUGAAAACCCUCCACCAAUGAUCUUGCUUCAGACCAGCCCCUGCGACCAAUCCGAUUGCCAGAACGGCGCCCAGUGCCUGGUGGUUGCUGGGGAACCCGUCUGCCGCUGCAUGCCCGGUUUCUACGGCAGCAAAUGUGACAAGAUGGCCACUGUUCACUUCCUGGGUCGGGAUGGAUAUGUCGAGCUGCCAAGUGCGAAACUCCGUCCCACCGCGCAUAUUUCAUUACAGGUGGCUACAGAUAAAGACAACGGUAUUUUGUUGUAUAAGGAAGACCACGACCCCCUGGCUCUGGAGCUGUACCAGGGACACAUAAGACUCAUCUACGACAUCGCUACCUACCCACCCACUACUGUUUACAGCGUGGAGUCGGUGAAUGACGGGCUUUUCCACACCGUUGAGCUGCUGAUUCAGAACCGCUCACUGAGCCUGGUGGUGGAUAACGGUGCUCCCAAGAGCCUCGGCAAGCUAGCACGCCAGCCCUCCGUCGACCACAACACCCAACUUUACAUAGGAGGCGUACCCUCUCAGGUGGUGGCCUCAGGUUUACGACCCGGCCCUGAACGUUCCCCUCAGACUUUUAAUGGUUGCAUCCACAAUGUCCGAAUCAAUGGGGAGCCUCAAGACCUGAGUUACCGAGGUUCAGGAGGAGCACGGCCACAAGGGGUCGAGCCCAAGAGUGAGGGCUUUCUCGCAGGGUGCCAUUCCUGCAGUGUAUGCGCCCAGGGUGCAUGCAGGGAGGGAGGAGAGACGGGGGUAACAUGUGAUUGUCCUCCAGGACGCAGCGGGGCCCUGUGUGAUCAGACGACGGCACCAAGCGCCUGUCAGAACAGCAGAUGUAUUCAGGGUCUGUGUGUGCCAAAGGGUCAGUCCUACAGCUGCCAGUGCAGUGAAGGCUACCAGGGUCAGUACUGUGAUCGACGGCAGGAGCCUCCAGCCUGCAGAGGGCAGCGCUGCGGACACGGGGAGUGUCACGUGUCCGAAGGAGGACAACCCAUCUGCCACUGUCAGCCGGGGUACACCGGGCCAAGCUGUGACACAGAGCUUACAUGUCAAGGAGAGAUGGUGAGGGAGCUGCUGAAACGCUACCACCCCUUGAAAACAUGCACGUCCACCACGAAGAUUCCCCGCAUGGAUUGUCCCCGAUCCUGCCAGGCAGCAGCGCCCUCGGGUGUUUGCUGUGGCGUCACCAAGAGCAGAAGAAGGAAGGCGGUUUUCCGAUGCACAGACGGCACCUCGUACUCCGAGGAGAUGGAAACUGCUCUGGAGUGCGGCUGCUCCAAGUGCCCUUUGUAACACCACCAUUUGUUCGUUUGAUUGGUAACACCCACCGCUGCCAUUUUGUGAAUUCUACAAGUCAACGUGACUGUUGCUCUGAGAUUUUUUCACGUUGAUGAACUCCACCAAUAUGUGAUAUUUUUUUUUACACAUUCAGUUUGACCACCACCGAGAGAAACCACAGACGAAAACAAAAAUGGGACAUGUGUGCGUGUUUUUUGACAGAGAGAAAAUAUAUUGUAAGAUAUAAGUGAGAAAAAACAUAGAACUUAUUUUUAUUAUGGAUUUUUUUUUCUAAAAGAUGAUGAAAGGACUGAUAAGUUGUGUGUUUCUUUUAAUACGUUGAUUAUAUAAUGUUUUACAUAGUAUGGAAAGUUAUUUUGUACCUUGUAAGGAGAAAAAAUACACAACAAAAUAGAUUAACAUUCCUUAAAAGUAUAUGAAUUUGUAUGUAUGUAUAAAUCUAUAUAAAUAUAUACCCUAACCCGAUUAAUUCUAUAUUUUCAAAGUGUAUUUGCAUGACGUUAAUGUGAGUGCUGAUAGCUCUGGACACUGAGAGGAGGGCCGAGAGUGAAGAGCUCCCUUGAUGUCACACCAAGGAGAUGUGUGUGAGGAAAUCUGUCUGUUUCUCCCCCUUUUGGAGAGAAAGGGAAAAACUGUAUGUGCCUAGCUAACCUGCUUCACUAUAUAAUGGACAUCAUCCUCACAUGCGAGUUCAUUGAAAAACCAUAAAAGACUCUUUCUGCAGAGAUGAUCUAACACAUU